UACCGCACCGGAAAAUUUCAUUGGGCCAUCGGUAUUAUUCAAGUAUUUUGUGCUUUACCUGCCCAGUUCUCUAUACUUACAGGUGAUAAACAAGUAAAAACACAGCAACCGUCUCAUUCUGCUUUGCCGCUCAUUCACGAUUGACUUCGUUAAAUGUGUAAUGUAUGUUUAUAUAUAUUCGCAACGAUGCAACUUCGCUAACGUGUUUACGUAUUUCAAAGAACACUUGAUAGAUAACAAAUUAGUCAUUCAUGCACGAUGAGUACAUCGCUAUAGUAAUUCAGUAUUCGUACGUUUCUCCGUAACACAAUUCGUGUUAUUCAUACUACGUGAAAGUGUUUGAAUUGAGUGAUCCGCGAUGGCCAAAUCGUCGUAUCUUAUUCUCGGAGGGUGUGGAUUUAUUGGGAGAAACCUGGUUCAAUAUUUGCUCGAUAAUGAUUUAGCCAGCAGAAUUAGAGUAGCAGAUAAAUUGCAACCGAAAUUAGCGUAUUUGAAUCCAUCACACGAUGCUGCAUUUUCGAACCCGAUUGUCGAAUUCGUCAGCUCAAAUUUGCUGAACAAGGAUUCUCAAGAAAAAGUAUUCCAAAGUGAAGAGCCAUUUGAUUUCGUCAUCAAUUGUGCCGGUGAAACUCGCUAUGGAUUGACCGAUGCUAUAUAUAACGAUGGAAUUUUCAAUUUAACCGUACCCUGUGCGAAACUCGCAGCGAAAUAUAAUGCUAAAAGAUUCAUCGAAAUAUCCAGCGGUUGUAUGGCUUCCAACUCCAAGAUGCCUCACAAAGAAACCGAUUCUACUGAUCCAUGGACACCGAUUGCUAAUUUUAAACUAAAGGCUGAAAAAACGCUGACUACGAUACCGAAUUUGAAAUUUACUAUUUUGAGACCAGCUGUUGUCUAUGGAGUUGGAGAUAAAACUGGAAUAACUCCCAGAUUGGUCAUAGCUGCAAUUUACCGAUUCUUAGGAGAGACUAUGAAAGUCCUAUGGGAUAAAGACCUUACAGUUAACACGAUACACGUGUAUGAUUUAUGUAGAGCGAUAUGCUUCGUUGCUCAAAACGAUCAAGCAGUUGGCCAAGUCUACAACGUAGUCGAUGAAGGGUGUACGACGCAAGGAAUUAUAAACGAUAUCGUUUCGAAAAUAUUCAACAUCAAAAUAUCGUACAUCGAUAAUAUUAUUACUUCCAUGUUCAAAGAUAAGCUGGAUCUCGAUGCAAUUGCCGAAGAUAUCAACGACAAACACUCGUCACCUUGGGCUCAUUUAUGCGAAAAGAAUAAUAUCAGUAGUACUCCGCUUUCGUCGUUUUUGCAUAAAGAGGAACUCGAUAACAAGCAUUUGUACUUGGACGGAACUAAAUUAGCUCAGUUAGGAUUUACUUUGACCCAUCCGAAGAUUACGAAAGAACAUGUUGUCGAGAUUGUAAAAGAUUACUCGAAAAGAAACCUAUUCCCAAGUGGCAUCCUUUCCGAGUGAAAACGCAAGUUGGCAACUUUUAUACUCGUUAAAAUUAAAGCAACACGAAACACAUUGGAAACCAGAGAAAAUACACUACUUUAACGAUUCCGAUACACGAAAGCGUUGUUUACACCCAACCUCGUUUUUUUCUUCUAUUUUUUUUUUUUUUUUUUACAUCACGUCGCGUAUUUUUCGAAUAGGUACUUGUGAUGUGUAUUGUGCAUUGAAAACGUAUUAUAAAUUUAAUAUUCUGAGUGUCGGUCGUCGUUAGUGAAUUUUCAAGGUCUUGGUUGUCACGUCAAUGGUUUCAUCUCGGUUUUAUUGCAUUCAACGACCAAAUUCUAUUCUUUGUUUUUAUUACGUUGAUAGGUACCAUAAAGGAACAAAUUAACGGUAUGAGAGUGUUGCCUAAGCCUGUUAAUGACACUUGCGGUAGGUAUAUAAUACUGGCGUUUGUACAGUUCAACGAUUUAUCGUAGAGUUUGUAUGAUUUUUAAUCGAUAAAGUCUUUAUUUCCCGUUACCGAUUUUUUGAGUUUAUUCGCGUUUUUUUUUCUAUCUCGAUCGUAUAUGUUUUUUUUUCUAUAUGUAUUUACCAUUGUAUUGUAAGCUAGUCUAUGUACUUUCAUAUAAUACGCGUUGUACUUUUCUUCCUGUGCCACGUUUCAUUAUGGUAAUAAAAUAUGUAUUUUUUAAAAAA